AUGGAUGAGGAAGUCGUCGCCGUUGGUCACGACGUGCAAGUCGUCGACCCAGAUGUACGCAACUAUGUCUAUGGUCUGGUCACUGCCCUCGGAGGCUUUAACGGCGAAGAUGCCGAUCGAUACGUGCUGGGAGACGACUCACUGGCCUGUUUACGAGAUAUCAAGCGCUGGCUGAAGCUGUACGACGAAAAAAACAACCGAAUGGACGUUGCGCGGUGUCUGGGAGAGGCCAAUGUCGUUAGUGGUGAUCUCCUUCCAAUCCUCACCCUCUGGUGGGGCACUGGACAGAAGAGCAAACAUAUGACCAGGAUUGCAUUGGCAUGUCUGGAACUGCUGGUUCCAUUGACAUGGCCGUUGGAGAUCCAUAACCAGAUGACAGUCAACCACCACCGCCACACCCCCUACCUUCUCCAAGCACAAGUACAAUACAAGCGAGGUAUCCUGAAAGCUGGUGGCUCAAAUCUCCUGCGUGCAGCCGUCCGAAUCGCUCUUCCAAGCAUGGCAGUCCCUCGAUCCGAACGGGAAUCUCGAGACGAAGGAAUUCUGAAAUUGAUGCUAUACUUCCUACGGAAUGUUGCCAUCAUCUCACCGAACUCCAGACUUGCUGCUGAAGGUGACGAGGAGGAGACAUCCAGAUCGUCGACAAUCAACGCUUUCCACCAGCAGGACGCUCUGGCACUCAUUCUGACCAUGUGCUCGAACGUCGGAGACGAUUUCAACCUCCAAGACAUCGUUCUGAUGGAGAUUCUCUUCCACCUCGUCAAAGGCGUCGACGUAGAGAAACUCUUCAAGGACGAAGAGCAAGCAGGCAGCGAAUAUGCCAGCGACCUAGCAUCCAUCUUAAACAAGGAGAAAAUGGCACGAAGAGAAUACCAGAAAACCGCACCCACCCGCCACAGCCGCUUCGGUACAAUGAUAUGGGUUAAGCGAGACAAUGGCAAAAUGUCCACUGUUUCAGGCCAACGUUCAUUGCGAGACGACCAACAAACCUUUGAAAAGAUGGACCAGAGCAAAAAAUGGAACAAGCCCAAGCCGCGUCGCAAGCACGAAGACUCGACGCAGAACAGCAAUUUCAAUACACCUGCUCAUUUGGAUCGCGAAGCCACCGAACACCUGAGAACAUUUGUGGAAGAGUUCUUGGACUCAGGCUUCAAUCCUCUCUUCACUCACGUGCGCAAAGCGAUCGAGCGUGAGGCUGACCGAGUCUUAGAUAUCAAUACCCGGCAAUUCUUUUACACUGUUGGCUGGUUCCUCGAAGCAGAACGGGUCCGCCGCGCUCGACAAGCCCGCCGCACUGCAAAGAGCAAGGGCAAGGCUAAGAACAUAGAGCCUGACAGCUACGGCCUGGUUGCAGGUGUGUUGAACCAAGAGACAUUCAUUACUCUUAAUAGGUCGAUGCAGAGCAGCCUGGACAACAAGGAAUGGGAAGACCUCAACGCUCAAAUGCGCUGCUUCACGCAGAUUCUGCUGACCGUCCAAGAAAUGGCAGUAUCGCCGCUCGAGGACGAUCAGGAAAUCGCCGAAAACAUCCAGAAUCGGAUUUUCUACGAAGAGACCACCCACGACCGCAUCCUUGCCAUUGUACGUGGAUACAAGGACCAGAGCUUCGGAUACCUGGACUCCUGCACGGAACUGGCACAUGUCUUCCUGCGGAUGUUGGAACGAUACUCGAAAGAGAACGCCGACAUGCAGAUCCGAUCCCGACGCAAGGCGAAGCGAAAACAGAAGAAUGCCGAUAACGCCGAUCAACAGGAAGGUGCAGACAACGAAAACGAUUCCGAAGCAGAAGAGAUGGAAGACGCUGCCCAGGUCACCAAAGAACGUAACUUUGACUUUAAGCGAUUUGCGGCCAAGUUCUGUAACCAGGCUUGCGUGGAUACAUUCGUUGCAUUCACUGGAUAUUACAAGGAACUCAGCUCUGAACAACUCAAGCGUGCUCAUCGUUAUUUCUAUCGCAUUGCGUUCAAGCAGGAAAUGACUGUUCUGCUCUUCCGUAUGGAUAUCAUUGCUCUGUUCCACCGAAUGAUCAAGGGCCCGGAGCCUAUGGACUCAGGAAAAUCAGUGUACAAGGAGUGGGAGGAGCUUGUGCGACAGAUUAUCCGACGGUUGAUCAAAAAGCUUGACCAGCGUCCCGCACUGGUCACUGAGCUGUUGUUCAGCAAGAUCAACUCAACCGUCUACUAUCUUGAAUACGGACACGAAAAGCAAACAAUCUCGGCUUCGAACAGACCGCCACCAGAGGUGGUCAUCACCUCGACCGAGGCAACGACUAGGGAAUCACAGCUCCAAAUUGUCGUUGGAGCACUCGUGCUCGAUGGAAGGGCAGAUUUGGUGAAAUGGAUCAAAGACGUCUUGGACUCUGCAGCUGAUGAACGAGAAGUAUGGGAAAUUCAAGAGGAGACUCGCCUUCUGGAGGAUCCUGAGAUAACGACCCUCCCUAACCCAAUGAUCACUGUGAAAAGCAAAGACGAUUUCGUUCAAAAUGCCAUGUUCUCAAAUGCCAGAUUGCGUCUGCUGAUGAAGAUUGUUGGCUUCGAGCGACUUGGUGUCGAAGACGUCCUCGGUGCUGCUUGGAUUGUUCCAUCAUCUUUGAAGUCUGAGGAUCUACGGGAGACACUGUCUGAGAUAAAGAAAGUACUCGAGACUCCAUUCUCUGCCGAUGGCGACGACGAUCCUCGCAACCAGCUCCAAAAGAAGGACAGAGGAUCCGGUCGGGGCGACGCCUUCCAAGGCACAAUUGACGUGAACUUCGGAUCCGAGUCCGAAGGCGAAGACAUUCCAGACGGCCCUCUAUUCCCCGCCAACCCACGCUCCAAGGCCAGUGCGCUGGACGAAUUAAAAAAGAAGCGCAAGAAGAAGUCAAAACCCAACGCAGAACGAGAGCCCCUGGACGACGAAACCCUCGAAGCACGGCGCGAGGCCCGUUUAUCGAACUCACUUUCCCGCCAAGCCAAGAUCAAGAGUGAUUUAUUCAUCCACGCAAGUGACGAAGAAAGCGACGCAGAGGCCGACAAAGAAUUCUUCCGCCUUGAGGAAGAACGCCGCAAAAAGCAAGCCUCCGAAGUCAAAAAGGCCCUACUCACUGGCCCCGGACACUCCAGCAAAGGCAAAGGCAAGAAAGCCGCUGCACGCAAGCGAACCAGUGAUACCGGCGCAGGGACUGAUUCCAAGCGCCAGCGUCGCGGUUCUGCCUCUGUCAGUGCUGAGAGUGAUGCCGAUGGUGACAUUGUCAUGGCGGACCCGGACGCAGGAUCCUCUCCCUCCUUGCAUGCUGAUGAAGAUGACCUUGCUUUCGAUGAUGAUCUGGCGUUUAGUCGGGAUCGCCCGAGUAAAUCUGAUGUCUCGGACGAGGAGGAGGAUGCACCUGUGGCUUCGACUCGGAGACGUAUGCGUGGUGGAUUUGUAAUUGACAGUGACUCGGAGUGA